AUGUUCCGCAAUGUAUUUGAUGCCUUAGGUCUACGAGAUGUCGACCUGAAGACCCACCAGCACGGUGUGGUCGGUCUCGGAGACCACUUCAUCAAGCCAGACGGGAUAAUCUCUUUACCAGUCUCCAUAGGCAGGGAUCUAGAAAGGAGGACCGUAAUGGCGGAGUUCGUUGUCCUAAGGGACUCCACAGCCUAUAACAUCAUAAUGGGAAGAAAAACCAUCAAUGAACUUGGAGCAGUAAUCUAUACUAAGUUACUGGUAAUGAAGUUUGUUUCUGAUAAUGGGUCGAUUGGAUCCAUCAAGGGAUAUUUAGAAACGGCAGUCGCAUGCGACAACGCCAGCCUCUCCCUAAGGAAGAAAUCCAAGGAAGCAGCCGGGGUCUUCUUGGCCGACUUGGAUGCAAGAGUUGAGGACAAGCCUAGGCCAGAGCCUGAGGGAGACCUCGAGAAAAUCAGGGUCGGUGACUCAGAGGAAAAGUUCACCUUCGUGAACAGGAACCUCCCCUAUGAAGUAAAGGAGCCAUUGGUGGCAGUAAUUCAGAAAAACGGCGAACUGUUUGUAUGGACGCCAGCCGACAUGCUGGGUAUUGACCCCAACAUCAUGUCGCACCACCUUGUGGUCAGAGCGGACGCUAAGCCGAUAGCUCAGAAGAGGAGGAAGAUGUCUCAAGAAAGAGCCGAUGAAGUGGCUAGACAGACGGCCGGCCUCUUGCAAGCGGGAUUCAUCCGGGAGCUGGAGUACUCAACAUGGCUGUCAAACGUUGUCUUGGUUAGGAAAACUAGCGGGAAGUGGAGAAUGUGUGUAAACUACUCUGACCUCAACAAAGCUUGCCCCAAGGACUCCUUCCCCCUCCCUAAUAUUGAUGCACUGGUAGACGCAGCCUCGGGUUAUCGGUACUUGAGCUUCAUGGACGCCUAUUCUGGGUAUAACCAGAUCCUGAUGCAUCAACCGGAUGAAAAAAAAGCCGGCGUUCAUAAUUCCAGGAGGAACGUAUUCCUACAAGGUUAUGCCGUUUGGGCUGAAGAACGCGGGAGCCACGUACCAAAGACUGAUAAACAAGAUAUUCUGCGACCUCAUCGGUAA